UGAAGAAUUUAUAUAAUAUUAUUUCAACGACAUCUACGGACGUAAUCGUUCACAAAAAAGAAAAAAUUAAAAAAAGAAGUAUUAAUAAGAAAAGAUAAAAAGAAAAAAAAAAGAGAAAGAGAGAGAGAGAGAAAUAACAGAAAACAUACGUAAUACUCGAGAUAUCAAAUAAAUAAUUCCGGCAGAUAUAUUCAUAUAUAAAGUCCGUUGUUUUAAUUAAUGAAUUAUAAUUUAUAUCUGUACCACGCCUACUACGUGUGUUCUAAAGAGGUAAAAAAUAGAAAAGAAAAGGAAAAAGAAAGAAAAAUGGGAAUAACAUUUGGCGCUAAAUUUAGUCAUUUGAACUUUCAAGGGCGCAGUUUAGCGUCACUUCUGUGCUCUCAUCAUAAUCCUAAGAUAGCACGUAGAUACUUUCUACUAUACCUAUAAAGAAUUUCGUAACGACCAAAAUAUGAUUAUAACGAUUUAGUCGUUCGAAAAUUAAACCGGGAGUGAUUUUGUGCCAUCUAUUCGUCACGGAAGAGACCCAAGUGAGAUCAUGUUAUCGUAUGUUCGCCGUUAUUCAUCUGCCUAAAGUACCGACGAUCUUCAAGCCAAGCCCUUGUGACCUUUCCGUAGUCCGUGGUGACCUUCAAACGAAUUUGAGCGUGAAAAUCUGCGGCUCGUCGUCUAUCUGACUGAGCUGCGAGUGAUAGAAAACAAAUUUUUUUUCAACACUCGUGACGAAGAAGGAGAGACGAUCGAGCGAUCAAAAAUAAACAAGCAAAAUGUCCAAAGAACGUGCUUCCAGAAGAUUUUACCGUGUAGACAGUAGCAAUGAUUUGUUAGAAUUCAUGGAUCGUGGCUAUACAGCUCAACAUGAAAAUCGUUGGAAUUUUGAAGUUGCGUGGGAAGUUGCCAAUAAAGUCGGUGGUAUAUACACGGUAAUACGAUCUAAAGCUUACGUAUCUACCGAAGAAAUGGGUGAUCAAUACUGUCUUAUGGGACCGUACAAAGAGCUUACAGCAAGAACCGAAGUCGAAGAGGCUGAUUUUCCUCAUCAUAACCCAUUGAAUCAAGCCGUACAAAUUUUACGCGAUCAAGGAUUUAAAGUUGUAACUGGAACAUGGCUAGUUGAUGGAAAUCCUCAAAUAAUUUUAUUUGAUAUUGGAAGUGCAGCAUGGAAAUUAGAUGAAUAUAAACAAGAAAUGUGGAAUACAUGCAAUCUUGGUAUUCCUCAUUUAGAUAUUGAAGCAAAUGAUGCAGUAAUCCUUGGAUAUUUAGUUUGUCAAUUUAUCUCUGAAUUCAGAAAAGCAGCAGAACAAUAUUCUGUUGUUCCACCACGAGUAGUCGUACAUUGUCACGAAUGGCAGGCAGGUGUUGGUUUAAUUGCAUUAAGAACAAGACACGUUGAUGUCGCAACUGUCUUUACAACACAUGCUACACUCCUUGGAAGAUAUUUAUGCGCAGGAAAGACUGAUUUUUACAACAAUUUAGAUAAGUUCAGUGUAGACGAAGAAGCCGGGAAGCGCCAAAUUUAUCAUAGAUAUUGUAUGGAACGAGCGGCUACACAUUUAGCACAUACAUUUACAACAGUAUCGGAUAUUACAGGAUUCGAAGCUGAACAUUUACUCAAACGCAAACCUGAUAUUAUUACACCAAAUGGAUUGAAUGUUAAAAAGUUCGCAGCACUACACGAAUUUCAAAAUUUACAUGCCGUCAGCAAAGAGAAAAUACACGAAUUUGUACGAGGCCAUUUUUAUGGGCAUUAUGAUUUUGACUUGGACAAAACUUUAUACUUUUUUAUCGCAGGCCGUUACGAGUUUGGAAAUAAAGGAGCUGAUAUUUUCAUAGAAGCUUUAGCAAGAUUAAACCAUUAUUUAAAGACAUCAAGACCGGAUAUUACUGUAGUUGCAUUUCUUAUUUUUCCAGCGCGAACUAAUAAUUUUAACGUAGAAUCAUUACGUGGUCAUGCCGUAACCAAAGCAUUAAGAGAUACGAUUACUGAUAUACAGCACAAGAUGGGAAAAAGAAUGUAUGAAUUAUGUUUGUCGGGUCGUAUGCCAGAUGCACAAGAUCUUCUUUUAAAAGAUGAUAUUAUUAAAAUAAAACGAUGUUUGUAUGCUCUACAAAGAAAUGGAUUACCACCUGUUACCACACAUAAUGUUGUAGACGAUUGGAAUGAUCCAGUCUUAAAUGCCAUUAGAAGAUGUAAUCUUUUCAAUACAGUUAAUGAUAGAGUGAAGAUGGUAUUCCAUCCUGAAUUUUUAUCAUCAACAAAUCCAUUGUUUGGAUUAGAUUAUGAAGAAUUCGUUCGUGGUUGUCAUUUAGGAGUAUUUCCAUCUUAUUACGAACCUUGGGGAUAUACUCCAGCUGAAUGUACUGUUAUGGGCAUUCCUAGUAUAACUACCAACUUAUCUGGAUUUGGAUGUUUUAUGCAAGAGCAUAUAGCUGAUCCAAUGAGUUAUGGUAUUUAUAUCGUAGAUCGAAGAUUUAUUAGUUUGGAAAAUAGUGUUCAACAACUUGCGCAAUAUAUGUUCGAUUUUGCUCGACUUAGUCGAAGACAACGUAUAAUUCAAAGAAAUCGUACUGAGAGAUUGAGCGAUCUUCUUGAUUGGAGGAAUCUUGGUAUUUACUAUCGUCAAGCCAGAAUAAAAGCAUUGACAACUGUUUAUCCUGAGCUUGCAUCGGAGUAUGCAGAAGGUGGUGUAGGUAGAUUCAGUUAUCCAAGACCGAUUAGUGAACCACCUUCACCAUCAUCUUCAAGACAUACUACUCCUGCAGCUUCUGUCCAUGGUUCUGACGAGGAAGACGAGGAGGAUGAAGUAGAUGAAGAAAAAGAGCUGGAAGAAUUACGCUCGAUGGGAAAAUGAAAUUGAAAGCUACGAUAGAAUUUUAUGCUGAAUUAUGUGCAUUCGAAUAUAUAAUAUAAUUUAUGAAAUUUUUAUUAAUAGAAAUGCCAAAAUAUUCAUUAUUAUACUAAUUUUAUAGGGAGCAUCAUUGCCUCAUUCCAAUUAUGUUAUUAAUUUUUGUUUCCUUUUGUCAUUGCCAUUUACAGCAUGCAAAAGAUACGAUCGUGAAAACAACAAGGAUAAAUGAAAAUAUUGUUUUAAAUUGAGUCAUGAAUAGUAAUUUUUACUAAUUUAAAAAAGAAAAAGAAAAGAUAUUUUUAAUCUUCGUGGACAAUAAUCUUAUUUAUUAGAUUGCAACAUAAUUUUUGUCGUAUUCUUUUGAUAAAAUUAAAGUUUAUAUAAUAUGUAAUAUGUUGGCCAUUAUUAUUAUCUGUAACUAGCUUAGGUUUACGGGUACAAAAAAACAAUUUUAUCUCUUUACGAAUGAAAUACGACAGAAAUUAUACAACCACCUAAUAUUAUCUAUGUAAACGUCAUCAAUCGAUGAUUAUGUAGGAAAUUCCCCAAAAAAUACUUGUCAUUAAUUAUUAUAUGAAAUUGUCCUAACGUCUGAUUUAAACGAAUACUCGUAAUCACUGUUAAUUAUCUAAGUAUAUACAUACGUUAUAUCAGCAAACCAUACUUUGCUAUAUACUACUGUUGCAUACUCUCAGUCUCAAUAAUUCUGAUUAAUUGUUUUUAUUAUCAUAUUAAUUACAAAGUUAAUGGUUUUAGAAAACUGAUAUUUAUCUCAAAUUUAUUACACGUUAAAUAAAAUUAUUAACUAUUAUAAUAAUUUAAUAUUUUAAUAAAAUUUAAUAAAAUUAAUUAUUAUAUAA